CCGAUGAGGACCGAGUCGAGGUUUGGUAACCAAGUCACACUAUAAAACAUUGCACUCUUCUCAUCUGGAAACUUAGGGUUUGUAACUCUUCGCUUAUCGCCGCUAAGCUCUCUCGUCACCUUCAAACCGUCGUUUCUACAGGAUGGAUUCUCAGAUUAAGCACGCAGUGGUGGUGAAAGUGAUGGGCCGUACUGGGUCCAGGGGUCAGGUGACUCAGGUUCGAGUCAAGUUCACAGACUCUGAUCGUUACAUUAUGAGAAACGUCAAGGGGCCCGUGAGAGAAGGCGACAUCCUCACCUUGCUCGAGUCUGAGAGAGAAGCCAGGAGACUUCGUUGAUUGGCCUUUUUUCUACUGCUAAGUGGAAACAAGAAAACAGAACAAUGUCUUACUUGUUUCUCUUUUUGGUUUCUGAGACCGGUUUAGUUUGGUUUGUUGCUUUAAGACAGUUGCUGGAUUGAUAUGGUUAUUUGGUAUUCAAAGCCUCUUAUUUA